UAAAUUGUAAAAUGUUAUAUUGAUUUUCUUUGCAAAAUACGAUUAAUUCAUAGUAACUUUUCUUGACAUUCAGGAAUUUAAGAGAAUAUAAACUACUACAAUGAAAACUACUACAGCAAUAAUAUAUUUUAUUGGAUUGCUACAUUUGUCCGUUUGCAUUGAUUUUGAUGGCUGGCUGAAUAUAAAAAUACAGCACACAUUGAAUUGCAAGGGUGAGCAAUAUUGUUCUCGAGGAAAUAUUGCUUUGAAGAGUAUUCGGUCUGGGACUUCUGUUAUUGACCAAGUACACUUUAACAAACAACAUAUUGAAGAUCUCCAGAAAUUGGCUGAAGUAGAUGGAUUCUACUCAAUAAAAUCAUUGGUAACAUCUGCUGAUAACAAAGAGACAGAAUUUCUUUCAUCAGUAAAAGCCCAAGCAUUUCUAGACAAUGGCCUGUCUGAUGUGAUCAAUGCAUGGAUCCUCCCAAGUGGAGCAGUGAUUGCUGUUAACUUCCAAGUUGCCAAUGGGACCCAGCCUAUAGUGCAAGGCAGCCAAAAUGAGUACAAAUUGAAGUCUAAUUUCUACCUUCGACACAUAGAUCAAGCACCAGUACCAGACACGGCAUCCUACAUACAGAAGCUCGAACGUGAAAGAGAAGCCAGAGAAAAGGGCGAGCUGAAAGACAACAGAUCAUUUUUAGCUAAAUAUUGGAUGUACAUUGUGCCUAUCGCCAUCUUCGUCAUGAUCUCGGGAGCCAGCAAUCCAGAAGCAGGAGCACCGGCGGCGCGUUAAAAACAGUGUUGUAGUAUAUAUCAAUCUGGUCAACUCUUGUUCAAUUUAACUACUUGACACUUUAGACAGUGACUGGGGCCCAUUUCUCGAAUGGUAUUAGAUUAAUAAGGGGUGUACCGAAAAAAAACUUCAAAUGAAAAAAACUGAUGCAAUUGAUAAGGAUUUUUGGAAUUUAGAAUUACUAGAAUAUGAAGCUACUUUUAAUUUAAAUAAUUAUCAGUUUUUUUACUAUUAAGUCUCUGCAGGAGUGAUAAGAAGCUUUUCCCUAGCGCAUUCAGUGGCAGCUUUGUCCGGAGCUGUUUUUCAUAUUUGCCUGCAUCAUCCCAACACCUGCUGGAGUUGAUAAAGUUUUUUGGCUGUUUUAUCCUUCUCUUUUAAUACACUCUUGAUUUGAGCCCAUGAAUAGUCGAGACAACGGCACUGCAGGACGUAUGGUGGUCUUACUUUGCUCAUCGUCUAUUACAAAAUGCGACUUUUUGUACGAACGAAAUUGUAUGACUUUUUGACUUGACCCAGAAAUUAAUAACGCAAAUUUUCGGUUACUUUAGCUAUCCUAACUUUUGUACGAAUCUAUUUACUAUGUUUCUUUAUAGUUCGUUUCACUUAAGCCGCAUAUGUACCCCAAUUUUUCACGAUAAAUAUGACGCCAUGCGGGGGCGGGCGGGCGCAAAUUAUAUUACCUAACAAUCUAUCUGAUGGUCCUAGGGUCACUUCUUCCUAGAGGCCCGCCGCUUCGAGACCUCUGUUCAAGAGACACCGUACAAAAUUAUUUAUUUAUAUUAUGAAAUGCACGAAACUUCGAGGUAAUUUUAAGUGUAUCGAAAGCAAGCAUGGAGGAUGUUGAAAAUUUUCUUGCCAUUUGGAAGAUUAAAUUUCAGUGAUCUCUUCUAUUCACCGGUGUAUUUAUAUUGGAAUAUAUAAUUUAAUAAUAGGACUUUUAACUGCGGUUAGAAAGCUGUUAUUGGAAAUAAAAUUACAGCCGUUUGAAAUUGACAGUUUUUUUUUUUGGUACACCCCUUAUUAUUAAUAGCCAUUGUAACCCAUACGAUCUGAUAGCUAAUAAUAUUAGUACACGAACGUUCCGAAUAUAAAGACCACCAAGUUCAGUUUUACCACCCAAUCUAACUGGUUUGGUACUAAAACUAGCCUGCAUAGAAGUUGUUUAAAAACUAAACCCAAUUUACCUAUCUUAGUUGCUCUCUGAUGACUGAAAUUUCAAUGGUUUAUAUACAACAGACAGAUCCAGGGCAGAUUGGGUAGUAAAGUAAAAAUAAACAUGAAGAAAUCACUGGCAUUGCCAUGGUUUGUGUCCAGAAAAAUAUCUAGGUAAACUUAAAAUUUUUAAGGUGUCCAAAUUCUGCCGUGAUAACAACAUAUGCAGUAAUCGCAGUAGAAAUGUCAUGCAAUUAUUUAUCUUGUUCUCUUUGAAAAAGCUCUUUAUUUAAACGAUGUUUUUCAUGCAAUUACUUCACAUGCGAUAAGCGGGUCAGAAUUGUAGGAAAAGCAUUCAGACACCUUAAAAAAAAUCCAACUACAUAUUUAAUAAUUAGAAAAAAUAAAGCCAUUAUUAGAAUAACUGUUUUAAUUUUAGUUACAAUCUUAUUGACAGUGGAAAGUGGUAGUGGUACUACAUAAGUAUUUAAUACAGGAAAAAUAAUAUACACUGUCAAUAUGUGUAGUGUAGUAUAAAAAAUAAUUAUUCUUAUCACAACAUGAGACCUUAGGCUCCAAUCUUCUCAAUUUCUUCAGCAUCUUCAAUGUCAAGUAACUGAAUCUUUUUGCCAAAAUGUUUUUCAAUAGCCAAGCAAAUUUGCAUAGCCAGAGCAGAGUCAAUUAAAUUGAUUGCUAUUCCAGCCUUUCCAAAUCUUCCUGUGCGUCCAAUUCUGUGCAGAUAUGUUUCACAGUCUGCUCUCUUC